AUGGAAUUCAGAAACGGCACCUUUGUUACUGUGAAGGGUAACCAUCUUCAGAGAUCUCACUACCAGACAGUGUGGCAGCAGCCAGAGUCUGAGCCAGUCCAUUCAGGAGACUCUGUGACUCUGCAGUGUUCAGUCCUCUCUGAGUCCUGUACAGGACAACACAGUGUGUUCUGGUUCAGAGCCGGAGAAUCCCAUCCAGGACUCCUUUACACCCAAGGAGACAGGAGUGAAGAGUGUGAGAAGAGACCUGAGACUCCCUCUCCUACACGGAGCUGUGUCUACAGCCUCUCCAAGAACAACCUCAGCUCCUCUGAUUCUGGGACUUACUACUGUGCAGUGGCCACAUGUGGAGAGAUACUGUUUGGCAAUGGAACAAGACUGGAUGUUGAACCAGCAGUGGAUCUCAUAGUUAUCGUCCUGGUGGUGUCUUUAGCUGUGUGUGUUGUGUUGAUCAUUAUCCUCAUCUGUACCAGAAAGACACGGACAGUGUGUGAAAAUUGUAAAGUGAGUGUUACCUAUCAUGGACCUGACAAGACAACUGCUGAACAGGUAAAUGGUCAGGAAGGUGAAGACUUGAACUAUGCUGCUCUGCAGUUCUCUGAGAUGAAAGCAUGGCGAUCGCACCCGUUGCCCCCUGCCCUCGACUCCAGUUCUAGUUCUGACUCCCUGUGUGUCAGCAUCUGUGACAGAGCCCUCACAGAUGUUGAGUUAAUCAACAGUUUUUUGGGGGAUCUGUGA